GGGACGUCUGAGGAAAGCCUUGCACAGCUUAGGCUGGAGAGAGCCAAUGCCUUGUUCUCAGUGCCAAGAUAGUCUCCCCAACCUAUAUAAAGGGAGACCUAUGCUGUAACUAAACACAUCCUCCUUUCCCCAGCCAGACACAGCAGCAGGAUUAUUAUUAUAUCAGAUGGGAAUAAUAAUACAUUGCAGAUAGGAUGAUAUCUGCAUCUGCCUUGUGCAUUUAAUGCAGAGUCACCAAUGCAAGUGCCCUGAUCAGAGAGCGGGUGACACCAGAGCUCCUCUGCCGGGGAUAUACUGCUUUUCUUUACUUCUACCCAAAUCUGCAUUGCCGCGGGAGCGCGCCUUGGCGCGGUGGCGCGCAGCAGGCAACAGAAGGAACCGACACAGCAAAGAUGGAGUCCCAGCAGCUGCAGGGUGGGAUGAAGUCAGCCAAGUCUCUGCCGUUUCAUUAACACCGCUAUCUCCUCUCUGCAAAUGGCCUGGCUCUGCAGCAUCCCCGCUCAGAACUGCACUCAUCCUCAUCUCUGCAACCGCAGGCACCUCAUGGCUGUAUCUCAUUUUGUCUGAGGCAAAUGUUGCUCCCGGGGACUCUGGUCUCUCUGAUUAGCUGGCUGAGCACCGCGAUCUGUCUCUCCGCUGGAGUCGUGUACUAGUGGCCAGCUUGGGGUUACCCUCACCCCACCUACUGCAUGCCCAGGCUGAGGGUGCAUGGGCAGGAGGACACUCUCCAUAAGGACUUUUCAUAGUGGGGCUGCAAGAAGGGUCUGCAGGGGUGGUUAGUCUACUAUAGUGUACAGAGGACAACUGAGCCCCAGCCAAGAUGCUGCCUUCUCAAGAAGCCUCCAAGCUCUACCAUGACAAUUACAUGAGGAACUCCAGAGCCAUAGGAGUCCUAUGGGCCAUUUUCACUAUCUGCUUUGCCAUCAUUAACGUGGUGGUCUUCAUCCAACCCUACUGGAUAGGGGAUAGUGUCAACACACCUAAGCCAGGCUACUUUGGGCUCUUCCACUACUGUGUGGGCAAUGGAGCAGCAAACAGAGAGUUCACCUGCCGAGGAUCCUUCACAGAUUUCAGCACCAUCCCCUCUGGAGCCUUCAAGGCAGCUGCAUUCUUCGUCCUGCUGUCCAUGGUGCUGAUCCUGGGCUGCAUUACCUGCUUUGCCCUCUUCUUCUUCUGCAACACGGCCACAGUGUACAAGAUCUGCGCCUGGAUGCAGCUCUUUGCAGCUGUAUGCCUGGUGCUUGCUUGCAUGAUAUUCCCAGAUGGAUGGGAUGCAGAGACGAUCAGGGAUAUGUGUGGGGACAAGACUGGCAAAUAUUCCCUCGGAGAUUGCUCCGUCCGCUGGGCCUACAUACUGGCCAUUAUCGGGAUCCUGAAUGCCCUUAUCCUAUCCUUCCUGGCCUUUGUACUGGGAAACAGACAGAACGACUUGCUCCUUGAGGAUCUUAAAGCAGACAACAAAGAUUUUGUUGGAACUGCGAGGAUAUAAAAUAGAUGAAAUUCGAGGGGGCACGUAAUACCCUCGCCAACGCAGGAAUGUCUCCAGGCUGCCCAUUCCUCCCAUCUCAUUGGUAUCGUUCCCCUUAUUCUUGUAUUGCUGUCCUCUGCCACACUGCCUUGAGCCCCCUCCAGUGAAAUCUGGUUCCGCAUCUCAGCCUUGAAGAGAAUUCUUCCUCCACCGAGACGGUGCCUGCACUGCCCUAACUACAGUGAGCCCCUCGUGCGCCAUGGGAGAACCAGCGAUGCCAUCGCAACUGCUCCUUUUAUUCACUUGCUACCACGGAUGUCCUCAAAGUCUGCUGAUAACAAUGCCAAGAACAUAAACUUUUCCUCCACGUCCUUUUAUUGUCGUAUCCUUAAUUUAAAAACAAAAAAACAAAAAAAACGCAAGAGGCUGCUGCGAGGACUAUUUAUGAAAUGUGUUGCAAUUUUAUAAUAAGAAAUAAAAAAGCAAAGCAUUUAUACCUCUGAAAAUCGCCCUUCCUGAGCGUCAGACCCUGUUCGGAGGAUUUUUCAUUUACUUUUGGGAUGAAAAAAAAAAACUUUUUGCAAACUUUCUGUGCGUAUAUAUAUAUAUAUAUAAAAUGGACUUGUUAAACUGAGCGCUUGGGCCUGAUUUCAGCAAUCACCUUUUGUACAUGGCCACAUAAGUUAUUUAUUUGUUACUUCUGUAUGUACAUUGGUCACUAAGAACUUCUCGCUACAGGGUAAACACUAAAAGAACAAAAGCCAGUUUUGACUUAUUGUUACUUAUAGACUGAAAUGUUGAUUGCUACAGUAUGUCCUUUUAUCCAUGUGGAAGGCACCUGAGAGAGGGCUGCUAUAGAGUAGUGGUCUACGACUGGAGACGUAGGGGGGUGAAAGCGGCAGCAGGAAUUGUUGUAGAAAGUGUACAUUCAAUGGACUGCAUCAUCACUAUUCUCACUUCUUUAUAAGUUACUUACAUGACCUGCAGAGCAGUCCAGCCAGAUAUGUAUAAGUAUUAGUAUUACUAAAGGGGAACAGUACAUAAGUAAAUAUACACAUACUGUAGUGAAGACUACACAUACACAUACUUUGGCCUAGAAUUAUCAAGCCUUGGAUUGUGAUCAAUUGUACGGUGAUAAAGUGCCAGCCAAUCAGCUCCUAACUGCCAUUUUUCAAACACAACCUGUAACAUGACAGUUGGGAGCUGGUUGGUUGGUACUUAAUCCCCUUGCAAUUUAUCACUCUCCAAGGCUUGAUAAAUCUAGGCCAUUGUGUUCCUUGGUUAAAUUGGCCUUUCUUAAUUACAAUGUAACACCCUGCUCUAUAGAAGGCAUUAAAUAUGCAAAACAUUGCAAUCAAAUAACCUAUCACAUAUUACACUCCCUGUCUCACACUGCACAGCCCGCCCCCUCACACAUUACACACCUUUCUGCCUCACACUGCACAGCCCGCCCCCUCACACAUUACACAACUUCCUGCCUCACACUGCACUGCCCGCCCCCUCACACCUUACACACCCUCACCUCUCACUGCACAACCCCUAUCACGCAUUACACACCUUCCUGCCUCACCAUGCACAGCCCGCCCCCUCACACAUUACACUCCCUCACCUCUCACUGCACAACCCCUAUCACGCAUUACACAUAUCCCUGUCUCACACUCAGGGCCGGCAACAGACAUCUUGGGGCCCGGUACAGUGAUAUCUCUGGGGCCCCCUCAGAGCAAUGGAAUUUGCUGCGCUAUAUAAAUAAACUGUUAUUAAAUAAAUAUAUCUAUUUUUAUUUAUCUACAGUAUACAGAGAUAUGAAUAUGUAUAUCUCUCCUUCCUCCUCCACACACACCAUGGUCUGUCUCUCCCCAAUAACUCCAUGAUUAUUCCCUGCUGGACACUAAGUGGCAUAUACUUGGGGCCCCUCUGAUCCUUGGAGCCCGGUACAGGAGUCCCCUUUGACCCCCCCUGUCGCCGGCCCUGCUCACACUGC